AUGACUUUUAAAGACGAUACCCUCGUGCACAGGAAGGAGAUGCUCUCACAGCCUGCCGAGCAUUUGCGGAUCGUUCCAAGGAGCGCGGGUUUGAGCACAGCGCGCCGAUGUCAGGCAGGAGAGGGGGCCCGGGUGGCAGGGGUGGUGGGCGGAGCGGGCAAAGGGGGAGUUGGGGCGGAGAUGGUGAGCGCGCGCAAGGGGGAGGUUGGGGCGGGGCUUUCCAGAGAGCGGCGGAAAAAAGUGCUUCCGGCGGAGAUUCCGGCGGGGCUUUCCGGGGAGGGAGGGGUGGAAGGGCAGCGGUGGGGGGAUUUGCGGGGAGGCAGCGGGGGAGGGGCGCGGGGAGAGGAUUCUCAGCGGUCCGCCAAAACGGGGGAAGAACGGGCGGUGCAGCAGAAGCUGGGGUUCGCAGCGCCAACGCACGUGCAGCAGGCCGCCAUCCCGCACGUCCUCGCUGGCAGAGACCUGCUCAUUCGAGCGGACACAGGGUCGGGCAAGACGCUGCUAUAUCUAGCGCCCAUUCUGCACGCUCUGCAGGCCUGCAGGCAGCGCGUGGACCGCAAGCACGGCACGUAUGCCGUCAUCUUGGCCCCAACACGAGAGCUCUGCGUGCAAAUAGAGGAGGUGGCGCAGCAGCUGUGCCGGCGAUUCGUGUGGAUCGUGCCGGGGCGGUGCAUUGGAGGGGAGAGCCGCGGGAAGGAGAAGGCGCGCCUGCGCAAGGGGCUGGCCAUUGUGAUCGCGACACCUGGCAGGCUGCUGGACCAUCUGCGCAACACCUGCUCGUUCGGGCUCGCUCGCCUGCGAUGGCUUGUUCUGGACGAGGCUGACAGGCUGCUGGAUUUGGGCUUUGAGCGGGACAUAAAGGAAAUCAUAUCUCUGCUGCGAGAGAGGCUCAGCCACGACGGUCUGAUACAGGGAGGGGGUGCUCAGGGUGCUUCCAGGAAGCUUCAGACUAUGCUGCUGUCCGCCACGCUUGGCCCGCGGGUUGAGCAGCUGGCUGACGUCAGCCUGGUGUCACCGGUGGCUGUGAGCGUGACAGGUGGCAGUGUGCGAGUGGAGGAGAGGGUUUCUGGGCGGCCGGUGACGAGGGUUGGGGGUGGCGUGGGACAGAGAGAGGAGAAAGGGGUUGGGAUGGGUGAGAGAGGAUUGGAGGAGCUGGGAGGGGUGGAGAGAGGGGAAGAGGAGGAGGAAGAGGCGGAAGAGGAAGUGGAGGAGGAGGAACAGGAGGAGGAAGACGAGGAAGAAGUGGAGGAGGAGGAGGAGGAGGAGGAGGAGGAGGAGGAGGAGGAGGAGGAGGAGGAGGAGGAGGAGGAAGAGGAGGAGGAAGAGGAGGAAGCAAAGGAAGAGGAGGAGGAGCAGGAAGCGGAGGAGGGGGAGGUGGAGGAAGAUGAGGAUGAGGAGGAAGAUGAGGAUGAGGAGGAGGAGUUGGAGGAGGGAGAGGAGGUGGGGGAGGAGAACGACGAGGACGACGACGACGACCUGCCUCUCUUCAUGCAGGCCCUCCGUGCCGUUAAGAAGGCGGGGCGGGCGGAGCGCAAGGAGAAGAAAGAGGAGAGGAAGGAGGAGUGGAAGGAGGAGAGGAAGGAGGAGAGAAGAGAGCAGAAGGAACAGGAGGAGGAGAAGGGCAAGAGGUCGGGAGGUGAAGAUGGGGCAUUGGAGAGUGGUGGCAGUAAAGGCGGGGUGGGGAAGACGGAGAGCAGGAAAGGGGGAGCAGCAGGCAUGGCGGUGGCACAAGCAGCCACGCAGGGGGCUUUGCAGGGGGGGUCAAGUGAGGGUGUGGGAGAGGAAGGGAGGGGGGAGGAAGAGAGGGGAAGAGUGGAGGAUAGUGGAAGAGAGGAGGAGAGGGGAGGAGGGCAUGGAAGGGUGGAGGAGAGGCGGGAGGGGGGGGUGUUGCAGGAGGGGCCGAGUGGCGGAGGGUCGUUUGUGUUCCCGGAGCAGCUCAAGCAGUUUGUGCUCACUGUCCCGUGCCGCUGUCGUCUCAUCACGCUCAUCGCUCUGCUGCGCUCCAAGCUUGCCACGUCAGCAUCAUCCAAGGUACUGGGGCCUCGUCAGCUAUUUCCAAGGCUAUCAUUCUGCCUCAGCUUGCCUAUCGCUCUCUCGCUCCUUUGCCCGUGCCCCACCCUCUUACCCUUCUCUCCUCCGUAUCCCCUCAUCUCCUGCAGCGCUCUCCCAUCCCAACCGCUUCUCAUGUCGAACCAACCCCUGCCUGUCUCUCUUUGUCAGGCAGUGCUGUUCCCAUCCACAUGUGACUCUCUCAAGGUGGUGGUGUUCCUAUCAACGUGUGACUCUGUCGAAUUCCACGCCACCCUCCUCUCCUCCGCCCCCUCCUCUCCCCUCACCACCGGUUCCCCCCACCACCACCAACAAGAGCAACACCACCAGGAACAACAGCAGCACGACCAGCAGCAGCAGCAGCAGCAGGGUUUGCUGCCAGCGCCGGUGUUCAAGCUGCACGGCAACAUGGAGCAGAAGGACCGCUCCAAGGCCUUCCUGGCCUAUCGCAGCGCGCCACGUGGCGUGCUGCUGUGCACUGACGUGGCAGCGCGUGGCCUUGACUUCCCUGCUGUGGAGACCAUUGUUCAGUUUGACUCGCCUGGCGAUGCUGCUGACUACGUGCACCGUACGAACCUCGUUGAACCCAGUCCUAUUCCUCGCAUCCGCUCUAACCUACUCCUCUUGUCUCCUUUAACCUAUGCUCUUCCUCCCCCAACUCCCAGAGUGGGGUGCACGGCUCGCAUUGGCUGCAGCGGAGAGGCGGUCUUCCUCCUGCGGCCCAACAACACAGGAAGAAUGGGGCGCACGGCUCGCAUCGGCCGCAAGGGAGAGGCAGUGCUCUUCCUGCUCCCCAACGAAACAGAGUAUCUGGACCAGCUGCGCUCCUGCAACGUGCACCUCCUCUCCAUGCCUCUCCUCCCCCUCCUCGACUCGCUCCUGCCCGGAAUCUCCGCCGAACCUGCACGGACCAAUCGCAGGCGGCCCUCCUGGAAGGAGGUGAGUCCGGAGGAGGCUCUGGCCAAUCACAGCGCGGUAGAGACGUGGCAGGAGGAGUUGGAAUUGACGGUGGCGAGGCGGGCGGCGUUGAGGGAGCUCGCCACUGGGGCUUUUCGGUCGUUUGUGCGGGCGUAUGGCGCGCAUAAGGGCAGCUUGAAAAAGAUUUUCCACCCCAAAAGGCUGCAUCUGGGGCAUGUUGCACGGAGCUUUGGGUCCGUGGAUGCACGGCUCUCCGCAUCCACCGGCGAGCGCCCAGAUGGCGCUUCCCCGCCGCAUCCUCCGCCUCUCACCGCUCCCCCCGCUCCCUCCGUUCCCCCCGCCAGUGCCCCCACGGGACUGUCCCCCGCUGCCCUCUCCCGCAUGCUCGUUGCGUACGAGCGCGCGGGGAGGGAUGCUGACGUGGCGCGCGUGCUGGCCGACGCGCGAGCCGGCGGCGUUGCAUUGGACAGCGGCGCGCAGGAGGCGGCGAUCCGGAGCGUUGCGCGGAGGCGGGACCUGGGGGAGGCGGAUCGGAUGCUGGGGGAGGCGCGGGCGGCGGGUUUUGUCUUAUCCGCGCCGACGUGGAACGGGUUGCCGCAGCGCCCACCGCCCCGCACGCCCCCCACCCGCCCCCCUCCCCACCCCUUAUCUCGCGCCCCUCCUUCCCCCCGCCCGCCCCCCCUGACAUCCCCAUCCGCCCCCGCGCCUCGCAUGCGCCCUGGCGUCUCCGCAGCUGCGCCUGUGGACGCGCCGUCAGACACGUCAGCUCCGGCUGCAGCUGACGUGGUAGCUGCUGACGUGGGCGCUGCGGCUCCGUCUGCAGGUUUGGGCCGAGGUGGUCUGAUGCCGGCAGGGCGCGGGGCAGGCUUGGUAAGGCCGAGCCUGGGAGGUCCGGCAGCAGGCGCGGGGAGGGGAAGGCUGAGUUUCGAACGGCAGAUGGAAGGCUGGAGGGGCGCUGAGGGGGCGCGGGAGAGGGGGAGGGAGGGGGGGAGGGAGUUGGGGAGGGAGGGGAGCAGGGAGGGGGAAAGGGAGAGGGUGAUGGAGAGAGGGAGGGAGGGGGAGAGAGAGGAACAGAAGCAGGGGCAGGGGGGAGUGGGAGGGGUGGAGGCAGGGAGGGGUGCAGCUGCUGACAUCCCCCCACAGCAGCACCCUCCCCCCUUGAACCUCUCUCGAGAAGACGCCACCGAACGUGCCCUCGGCAUCCUUACCGCAGCUAUGGCCAAGGCUCGGGACUCCUCCCGAGCCUCCUCCCGCCGCGACUCCGUCAGCCAGUUUGCCUCCGAGGCUCUCGGCUCGGUUAUGUCCCGCCGCAGGCUCGGCGCAGGUCCGGGAGUUCCGGGGGGAGGAGGCCCGGGAGGGGGGGGAAGGGGGGGGCGCGAGGAGGGGAGGCGCAUGGGGGGGCCGGGACCUGGGGGGCAGAGGAGAGGGGGGAUAAGGGAGGGGGAGCAGAGGAGGGGGAUGAGAGAGGGGGGGCAGAGGGGUGGGGGAAUGGGGAUGGGUUUGGUAAUGGACAGACAGGCGGAGGGGCAGGGCGGGCAGCAGAGGCCGCGGGUGGGCGGAGGGGGCAGGCGGGGGAGGGGGGAGCUGGUGACGGGGGAGAGUGUGGUGCAGAGGUUUAUAGAGGAGUCAACGUGGAGUGAGGAGGACGAGCGGCAGGUGGGGGAGUUUCUGGACUUCCUUGAAGCUGCUGACGUGGCUAAUGCAGCACUGCACCAGCGGUUCAUGGUUGAUUUCGAGCCAGAGUACAUCACCCCGGACGACUUCUCGCCCAUCAACCCCCUGCUGGCGGAGGAGGAGGAGCAGCAGCAGGCGGGUGAGGGGCCGUCGCUGGAGGAGGUGAUGGUGGCGGCCAAGGCCGAGCUUAUGGCGCUGACAGGCAUGCAGAGCGAGGAGGAGUUCCAGUCUGCCCUGCAGAGCUGCCUCUCCCGAGCAGAUGAGCUCGAGGCCCUGGUGGAGCUGUAUGCGGGGCCGCAGCGAAUGACUGCUCUGCAGGAGAACAAGGCGCUGCAGGAAGCCGCUGAGAAGCUUCCUCCCAGCGUGUCCCCGCAGGCCGUGGCAUUCACCAAGCGCGCUCUGCUCACCCUGCAGAACAACCCAUCGUGGACGUUUGCACAGAAGCAGAAGAUGAUCGGCAGCAUUGUGAGAGGGUUCUCGGCGUCGGCUUGA